GAAGGCAUACAGAGACAGAAGAUCCCUGGUAAAUGGAAUGAGACAGAUUUGGACGUGUCGUCUUACGAGAAGAAACCCCACCACACCUAUGACAGUAAGACCUCAACCUACACACCUACGACAGUAAGACCUCAACCCACACACCUACGACAGUAAGACCUCAACCCACACACCUACAACAGUAAGACCUCAACCCACACACCUACGACAGUAAGUUCUCAACACACACAUUCAUACUCAGUGUGUAUUUACUGAGAACAUGGUGAAUACACCUCUCCCACUGUCUGCAGAGAAGAACUUAAACUAAGACUAACACACACCAGUGUUAACCUAGCGCCUCCCUGUUGUUAACCCAGCGCCUCCCUAGCGCCUCCCUGUUGUUAACCCAGCGCCUCCCUGUUGUUAACCUAGCGCCUCCCUGUUGUUAACCCAGCGCCUCCCUGUUGUUAACCCAGCGCCUCCCUGUUGUUAACCCAGCGCCUCCCUGUUGUUAACCCAGCGCCUCCCUGUUGUUAACCCAGCGUCUCCCUGUUGUUAACCUAGCGUCUCCCUGUUGUUAACCUAGCGCCUCCCUGUUGUUAACCCUAGCGCCUCCCUGUUGUUAACCCAGCGCCUCCCUGUUGUUAACCUAGCGCCUCCCUGUUGUUAACCUAGCGCCUCCCUGUUGUUAACCCAGCGCCUCCCUGUUGUUAACCUAGCGCCUCCCUGUUGUUAACCUAGCGCCUCCCUGUUGUUAACCUCGCCUCCCUGUUGUUAAAGCGUCUCCCUGUUGUUAACCUAGCGCCUCCCUGUUGUUUACCUAGCGUCCCCUGUUUUAACCUAGCGCCUCCUGUGUUAACCAGCCCCUUUCCCUUUGUUACCCCAGCGCCUCCUGUUGUAACCCAGCGCCCCUGUUUUUUAACCCAGCGCCCCUGUGUUAACCUAGCGCCUCCCUGUUGUUAACCUAGCGCCUCCCUGUUGUUUAACUACCCUCCUGUGUUACCUAGCGCCUCCCUGUUGUUAACCUACGUCUCCCUGUGUUGACCAGCGCCUCCUUUGUUGGACCCAGCGCCCCCCUGUUUUUAACCAGCGCUCCCUUUUUUUAACCUAGCGCCUCCCUGUUGUUAACCCAAAGCGCCUCCCUGUUGUUAACCCCGCCUCCCUGUUGUUAACCCACGCCUCCUGUUGUUAAACCUACGCUCCGUGUAACCUAGGCCUCCCUUGUAACCAGGCCCCCCUGUUGUUACCUAGCGCCUCCCUGUUGUUAACCCAGCGCCUCCCUUUUGUUAACCAGCGCCUCCUGUUGUUAACCCCGCCUCCCUUUGUUACCCAGCGCCUCCCUGUUUACCUAGCGCCUCCCUUUGUUACCCAGUGCCUCCUGUUGUUAACCCAGCGCCCCCUGUUGUUAACCUGCGCCUCCCUGUUGUUAACCAGCGCCUCCCUGUUGUUACCUAGGCCCUUUCCCUGUUGUUAACCGCGCCUCCCUGUGUUAACUACCCUCCCGGGUUGCAGAGAAGAGUGGCUGAACCUUGGUGCAACACAAUGGAGAGAAUCUAACCUGGAAAAGCUUCCCCUCAAAGGUGUGUGUGUGGGGGUGUGUGUGGUGUCUGUGGUGUUGUGUGGUGUGGUGGUGGGGUGCGUGUGUGCGGUGUUGUGGUGUGUCUGUGUGUGUGUGUGGUCUGUGUGUGGUGCGUGUGUGGUUGUGUGUGUGUGUCUGUGUGGUGUGGUGUGUGUGUUGUGUGUGUGUUUGUCGGUGUGUGUGUGUGUGUGUGUGUGUGUGUCUGUGUGUGCGUGUGUGUGCGUGUGCGUGUGUACACGCAUGCGUUUGUUUGUUUUUUGUGUGUUAAAAAAAAAAAAGAUAGGUAGAUCAGCUUUAAUAUUGCAGAUAGAUUGUAACUUCCAUCAAUGUAAUUGCGUUUGUUUGUUUGUUAAUCAGCCCUCUCUCUAAUAUACUUUAUUGACAUGGAAAGUUAAAUCACUUACAUUGUCAUGUAUAACAAUGAUGGUCAGAUGAACAGUAUCUCUCUCUCUCUCUCUCUCUCUCUCCCCUUUUCUUUCCCAUUCCCUCCAGGACACCCUCACUCGUUCCCUCCAGUCCCCCCACGCCUCUCUCCCCCGUAACACCCGUAUCUCUGUCCCUCCUGACUUGUCCUCCCUCUACCACGCCCCUCCCCAACCAAUCAUAUCCCGUAUCUCCAUCCCCCCUCCCUCCUCCUCCUCCCAUCCCCCCCGUCAGCACAGGCCCAUCCCCCUCUCCGUCAUCAUGCGGCUCCAGAACCCCUACUGGGCCUCGUCUGCGAUCCACCCCCGGGCCCUGGGGAAAGAGGGGGACACGGGGGUGUACCGUCAGGCUGUACCCAGGGAGUACAGGGAAUACCUGGACUACAGAGAGUACCAGACCCAACCACAGAACCAUGAGCUCAGGCAGCCGGCUUACUACGGGGAAGGUAUAGACUCUACUCUCACAGUCUAACUGGUUAUGUGUGGUCACCCGUCUGUGCGUAAUUCUGUCCGUCCGUCCAUAUGCAUGUGUCCGUCUGUGUGUUCUCUCCUCUCCCACAGUGCUGAACCCAGGUGAUGUUGACGCUGAGUUGGAGCGACUGGACCCAAUGCGUCAUGGUCCCACGGCCGCUGACCCAGCUCUCCCAGAGAGAGGGGGGGAGACGGAGCGAGGUGUCGUCGUCGUCGUCGUCGACGAAUCCCAGGUGGUGGCCCCCAGACCCCUCAGCCCGUCCAGGCUGCAGCCAGUGGUGGCUCCAGAGAGCCCAGAUGUCCCUGACAUGGAAGAGCUGUUACGGAUCCGCUCUGAGAUCCCCCGGGCCCUGAAGAGACGCGGCUCUCUGACCCCUAACCCUAAACCUGACCCCAACCCAAACCCUGGACCAGGGUCACAAGGUUAGGAAAUGACUAUUCUAAUAUCCCAUUACAUUUUUGCAUAAGAAUUCUACACAAAGGGGACCAGCGAUGUGUGAAAAUGUGAAUGGUAGCAACAAAGAAAGUUCACCAUCAAACUGUUUCACUGUCAUUCGAUUAAUUGCAAGGUUUUAUUUAUUUAGUGUAUCUACAGCCACUUGACUGCCCGACUGAUCACGUUAUCAAUGCUCAUCCUGUAGAAUCUACUGCUGAUCACGUUAUCAAUGCUCAUCCUGUAGAAUCUUUCACUAUCUUUGCAACGGCGCUGGUCUUAUGAAUUUGUUUAAUUUUCAAAAGCUUCUGCAUGUGUAUACGAUGUUGUGGUAACAGUGUGACCCUGACCCUAGCCCCUGUCCCUGGCCAGCCCCAGAAGAAGCCAGCCGCCCUGCAGCCGGACAACAGUCAGAAACAGUACAAACAGUUCAUCAAUAAGCUCUUCCGGAGGAAUGGGUCCAAGGGCCUGCAAGGGGGGGAGACGGGGAGUGACUACAGCUCCUCCUCAGAUGGAGAAGGGGACAGCUCUACAUCCCCCUCCACUGGACCUAACCCUGUCCCUAACCCUGUCCCUAACCCUGUCCCUAACCCUGUCCCUAACCCUGUCCCUAACCCUGGACCUGCCUCUCCAGAAUACAGGGUAUGACAGGCCACACUCCUAUGCUUGAUUCUUUCUUUGUGUUGUUGUGGCUGUUUUACAGUGAAGUUUAUCAAGAUGUUUUAAAUGUACUUUAGAUAGAGCUUGAUUUGGUAUUCCAUGUGAGAUACAGUCUCAUUGUCAGUGUACUGACUUCCAUGUGAGAUACAGUCUCAUUGUCAGUGUACUGAUCCAGUUAGUGGAAGGGUUAGGGCAGGUAUUCCAUGUGAGAUACAGUCUCAUUGUCAGUGUACUGAUCCAGUUAGUGGAAGGGUUAGGGCAGGUAUUCCAUGUGAGAUACAGUCUCAUUGUCAGUGUACUGAUCCAGUUAGUGGAAGGGUUAGGGCAGGUAUUCCAUGUGAGAUACAGUCUCAUUGUCAGUGUACUGAUCCAGUUAGUGGAAGGGUUAGGGCAGGUAUUCCAUGUGAGAUACAGUCUCAUUGUCAGUGUACUGAUCCAGUUAGUGGAAGGGUUAGGGCAGGUAUUCCAUGUGAGAUACAGUCUCAUUGUCAGUGUACUGAUCCAGUUAGUGGAAGGGUUAGGGCAGGUAUUCCAUGUGAGAUACAGUCUCAUUGUCAGUGUACUGAUCCAGUUAGUGGAAGGGUUAGGGCAGGUAUUCCAUGUGAGAUACAGUCUCAUUGUCAGUGUACUGAUCCAGUUAGUGGAAGGGUUAGGGCAGGUAUUCCAUGUGAGAUACAGUCUCAUUGUCAGUGUACUGAUCCAGUUAGUGGAAGGGUUAGGGCAGGUAUUCCAUGUGAGAUACAGUCUCAUUGUCAGUGUACUGAUCCAGUUAGUGGAAGGGUUAGGGCAGGUAUUCCAUGUAAGAUACAGUCUCAUUGUCAGUGUACUGAUCCAGUUAGUGGAAGGGUUAGGGCAGGUAUUCCAUGUGAGAUACAGUCUCAUUGUCAGUGUACUGAUCCAGUUAGUGGAAGGGUUAGGGCAGGUAUUCCAUGUAAGAUACAGUCUCAUUGUCAGUGUACUGAUCCAGUUAGUGGAAGGGUUAGGGCAGGUAUUCCAUGUGAGAUACAGUCUCAUUGUCAGUGUACUGAUCCAGUUAGUGGAAGGGUUAGGGCAGGUAUUCCAUGUGAGAUACAGUCUCAUUGUCAGUGUACUGAUCCAGUUAGUGGAAGGGUUAGGGCAGGUAUUCCAUGUGAGAUACAGUCUCAUUGUCAGUGUACUGAUCCAGUUAGUGGAAGGGUUAGGGCAGGUAUUCCAUGUGAGAUACAGUCUCAUUGUCAGUGUACUGAUCCAGUUAGUGGAAGGGUUAGGGCAGGUAUUCCAUGUGAGAUACAGUCUCAUUGUCAGUGUACUGAUCCAGUUAGUGGAAGGGUUAGGGCAGGUAUUCCAUGUAAGAUACAGUCUCAUUGUCAGUGUACUGAUCCAGUUAGUGGAAGGGUUAGGGCAGGUAUUCCAUGUAAGAUACAGUCUCAUUGUCAGUGUACUGAUCCAGUUAGUGGAAGGGUUAGGGCAGGUAUUCCAUGUGAGAUACAGUCUCAUUGUCAGUGUACUGAUCCAGUUAGUGGAAGGGUUAGGGCAGGUAUUCCAUGUGAGAUACAGUCUCAUUGUCAGUGUACUGAUCCAGUUAGUGGAAGGGUUAGGGCAGGUAUUCCAUGUAAGAUACAGUCUCAUUGUCAGUGUACUGAUCCAGUUAGUGGAAGGGUUAGGGCAGGUAUUCCAUGUGAGAUACAGUCUCAUUGUCAGUGUACUGAUCCAGUUAGUGGAAGGGUUAGGGCAGGUAUUCCAUGUGAGAUACAGUCUCAUUGUCAGUGUACUGAUCCAGUUAGUGGAAGGGUUAGGGCAGGUAUUCCAUGUGAGAUACAGUCUCAUUGUCAGUGUACUGAUCCAGUUAGUGGAAGGGUUAGGGCAGGUAUUCCAUGUGAGAUACAGUCUCAUUGUCAGUGUACUGAUCCAGUUAGUGGAAGGGUUAGGGCAGGUAUUCCAUGUGAGAUACAGUCUCAUUGUCAGUGUACUGAUCCAGUUAGUGGAAGGGUUAGGGCAGGUAUUCCAUGUGAGAUACAGUCUCAUUGUCAGUGUACUGAUCCAGUUAGUGGAAGGGUUAGGGCAGGUAUUCCAUGUAAGAUACAGUCUCAUUGUCAGUGUACUGAUCCAGUUAGUGGAAGGGUUAGGGCAGGUAUUCCAUGUGAGAUACAGUCUCAUUGUCAGUGUACUGAUCCAGUUAGUGGAAGGGUUAGGGCAGGUAUUCCAUGUGAGAUACAGUCUCAUUGUCAGUGUACUUAUCCAGUUAGUGGAAGGGUUAGGGCAGGUAUUCCAUGUGAGAUACAGUCUCAUUGUCAGUGUACUGAUCCAGUUAGUGGAAGGGUUAGGGCAGGUAUUCCAUGUGAGAUACAGUCUCAUUGUCAGUGUACUGAUCCAGUUAGUGGAAGGGUUAGGGCAGGUAUUCCAUGUGAGAUACAGUCUCAUUGUCAGUGUACUGAUCCAGUUAGUGGAAGGGUUAGGGCAGGUAUUCCAUGUGAGAUACAGUCUCAUUGUCAGUGUACUGAUCCAGUUAGUGGAAGGGUUAGGGCAGGUAUUCCAUGUGAGAUACAGUCUCAUUGUCAGUGUACUGAUCCAGUUAGUGGAAGGGUUAGGGCAGGUAUUCCAUGUGAGAUACAGUCUCAUUGUCAGUGUACUGAUCCAGUUAGUGGAAGGGUUAGGGCAGGUAUUCCAUGUGAGAUACAGUCUCAUUGUCAGUGUACUGAUCCAGUUAGUGGAAGGGUUAGGGCAGGUAUUCCAUGUGAGAUACAGUCUCAUUGUCAGUGUACUGAUCCAGUUAGUGGAAGGGUUAGGGCAGGUAUUCCAUGUAAGAUACAGUCUCAUUGUCAGUGUACUGAUCCAGUUAGUGGAAGGGUUAGGGCAGGUAUUCCAUGUGAGAUACAGUCUCAUUGUCAGUGUACUGAUCCAGUUAGUGGAAGGGUUAGGGCAGGUAUUCCAUGUAAGAUACAGUCUCAUUGUAGUGAUCCAGUUAGAGGUAGAUAUUCACUUAUAAUAGUCACAUGCACUUUAAACCAGAGUUCUUGGGCAUGUCUCUCCAUCUCAAUGUUACUACGUAUGUAUCUAAUAAGGGGAAGUUCAGGUACUAAGUUGUGGUUCUCUUCCAUCCUCCCAGGGGUACAGUUCCAUCCUACGUCGGGCCAGUCGGGAGCGAGAGGGUUCUGGUCGGCGGGCUCGGCUCAGCCCUCUGGUUCUACUGCUGGACGGGUCACUGGUGGGGGAACUGGACACUGUUCAGAGGGCCGUGCAGGAGGUAGGGGGAACUGGACACUGUUCAGAGGGCCGUGCAGGAGGGAGGGGGAACUGGACACUGUUCAGAGGGCCGUGCAGGAGGGAGGGGGAACUGGACACUGUUCAGAGGGCCGUGCAGGAGGGAGGGGGAACUGGACACUGUUCAGAGGGCCGUGCAGGAGGGAGGGGGAACUGGACACUGUUCAGAGGGCCGUGCAGGAGGUAGGGGGAACUGGACACUGUUCAGAGGGCCGUGCAGGAGGGAGGGGGAACUGGACACUGUUCAGAGGGCCGUGCAGGAGGUAGGGGGAACUGGACACUGUUCAGAGGGCCGUGCAGGAGGGAGGGGGGAACUGGACACUGUUCAGAGGGCCGUGCAGGAGGUAGGGGGAACUGGACACUGUUCAGAGGGCCGUGCAGGAGGGAGGGGGAACUGGACACUGUUCAGAGGGCCGUGCAGGAGGUAGGGGGAACUGGACACUGUUCAGAGGGCCGUGCAGGAGGGAGGGGGAACUGGACACUGUUCAGAGGGCCGUGCAGGAGGUAGGGGGAACUGGACGCUGUUCAGAGGGCCGUGCAGGAGGGAGGGGGAACUGGACACUGUUCAGAGGGCCGUGCAGGAGGGAGGGGGAACUGGACACUGUUCAGAGGGCCGUGCAGGAGGGAGGGGGAACUGGACACUGUUCAGAGGGCCGUGCAGGAGGUAGGGGGGAACUGGACGCUGUUCAGAGGGCCGUGCAGGAGGUAGGGGGGAACUGGACACUGUUCAGAGGGCCGUGCAGGAGGGAGGGGGAACUGGACACUGUUCAGAGGGCCGUGCAGGAGGGAGGGAGGGGGGAUGGGUGCAGGAGGGUGGUGGGGUUAGGUACAGGAGGUUGGGGUUGGGUGCAGGAGGUAGGGUCUGUUGUGGACCCAAAUAAAGCAUUCCGUUGAGUGUGUGUUGACAGCAAGCAUGAGGUUCACCCCUGCGUGUUCUGUGACCUGUAGAUGAAUGACGCGAGCCAGCCGAACGACGAGGGCAUCACAGCCCUCCAUAACGCCAUCUGUGGAGGUCACUACAGCGUGGUCGACUUCCUGGUUCGUAUAGGAGCCAACGUCUCCGCCCCAGACAGCCACGGAUGGUAACUUCCUUAUUGUCUACCCUUUGUAGCUUCCCUAUUCUAUUCUAGUCCCGAAUACUUCCCUUCCCUUUAAACGGGCUCUUUCAUUGACCAGUGCUAUUUUCCUUUACUGUCCCCUCCCUCUGUUGCUGUCCCUGUUGUGUCAUUCUGCGUUGUGUUUAGUCAGAUCGGGUUGUAGUUUUGUUUAUGUGUAGUUUUGUUCACGUAGUGUGUUGUUGUUGUUGUUGUUGUUGUGUACCAGGACCCCCCUCCACUGUGCAGCAUCCUGUAAUGACCUUCCUCUCUGUGAGUUCCUGGUGAGGAACGGGGCAGCUGUCAUGGCGGUGACGGAGAGUGACGGGGCCACCGCCUCUCAGAAGUGUGACCCGUACGCUGUGGGCUUCGAGGAGUGCGUGAGCUUCCUCAGGGGUAGGAGGAACUAGACAGGGGUACCCUCUUUCUCCACAACUCUUUUUAGGAGUGGGGGGCAGUCCCACAUCUGUUAUUGAACAGAAACAGUUGAGGACCACAGGAGAGAUAAGAGGACAUCGAGUCAAAGAGCAGUGGACUGGAUUCUAACCCAUGCUGUCUCUGGCUUACAUGCCAGCGGCUUUAACCACCACACCACAUAGGACACUUUCUACAGAACUAUUUGCACUCUGUGUCGAAACCUUUUCUGAAAGUGUUAGAAACAUCGUUGGUGGUGUGUGUGUGUGUGUGUGUGUGUGUGUGUUGUCAGGUGUGGAGGAGGCGAUGGGUGUGGAGAACAGCGGGGUGCUGUAUGCCCUGUGGGGGUACCCUUCCCAGGAGGCAGACGAGCUGGGCUUCAGAGAGGGGGACAUGGUGACUAUCCUCCAGAAGCAAGACGGGGUAGAUUGGUGGUGGGCAUCACUUUGUGGCCGAGAGGGAUUCAUACCUAACAACUACUUUGGGGUAAGAGACUGACAAGAAGGGUUGAAUUUCUAGUGGGGAUUUUCCUGAAUUGAAUGGGUCUGUUUUUGAUUUGAUUUGUUCUGUCUCACCACCUCCCUCAUCAGUCAGUAAAGGUCUGACCUAAAGGUCCAAAUGGCAGGACGACUUUGACAUCUGAAUUAAGCAAUUAAUGCAAUUAUUUACCCAAUGGCAAAGCAGCUUCCUGGUCCUGAGGUCCCACAGGGUCGCACAUAUUUGUUCUAACACAUUACUAAAACAGAACUACAUUUUCAUUAGUCCAGCGCUCAAACAGAACUGUUAGGUGCUGUUCAGAACUCAAUGUUUAUUUUCCUUUCUUUGGUCAUGCAGCUGUUCCCUAAAGUUCGUCCUAAGUCCCUCUGCUAGACCCCUCUACCCAAUCAGCCCUCGUCCCACUGAAUGGCUGGAACAGGGACUGGAGCAGAAAACUGUUGCUGGCUGUUGUGAAGACCUGGGAGGAGAAACGACCCUUUGUUCCUUUGUCCUGUCUGAUUUCACUAAGCAGUGAACUAGAAUAACAACACAUGAGUCACUACAGUGAGACAUAGGGCCGGUACUAGGUGGGUGUGGCAGUACAUUAUUACUGGAUUAUACUUCAUGAAUGAUCUCAAUGUGUCACCAUCAUUUAUUUGUCUGUUUUAUUGGUAUAUAAAGCCUCUCCCUAUCCCUCUCCCUUUCUUUCUCUCUCUCUCUCUCU